UUGUCGGUGUCGGCUAAGUUAUUGAAAUGAUUAUGUUGAUGUGAUUUCGUUUAUAUUUUACUUGGGUUUAGCUUUAAUUUAAGUUUUUAAUUGGAUUAAAGUUUAAAAUGUCGGAAAAUGAGCUCGAUGAUGCGUAAGAAAACCCAAGUCUCAUUCGUUAUUCGGGACGAGGAGGAGAAGAGGCAUAAAAACGGUGUCAGCUCACUUCAAUUGGAUCCUGUACAAGGAAGGCUUUAUACCGCCGGUCGAGAUGGCAUCAUUCGCGUAUGGCAUGCUGGGAACGGUUCCCAGGACCGCUACAUACAAAGCAUGGAGCACCACACGGACUGGGUUAAUGAUAUCGUGCUCUGUUGCGGUGGAAAAAACCUUAUUAGUGCUUCUUCGGAUACCACAGUAAAAGUAUGGAACGCUCCUAAAGGAUUUUGUAUGUCCACGUUGAGGACUCAUAAAGAUUAUGUGCGCACGUUGGCAUACGCAAAAGAUAAAGAACAGGUUGCUAGUGCUGGAUUAGACAGAGCUAUAUUUUUAUGGGAUGUUAAUACCUUAACUGCAUUGACUGCUAGCAACAAUACAGUAACUACAUCUAGUCUUGUUGGUAAUAAAGAAUCCAUUUACAGUCUUGCUAUGAAUCCACCUGGGACUAUCCUGGUUAGUGGUUCUACCGAAAAAGUCCUCAGGGUUUGGGAUCCUAGAAAUUGUUCACGUCUCAUGAAAUUAAAAGGACAUGCUGAUAAUGUAAAAGCUCUGGUUGUCAGUAGAGAUGGCACACAAUGUGUAUCUGGUAGCUCUGAUGGUACCAUUAAGUUGUGGUCAUUAUCACAACAGCGGUGUGUAUCAACCAUCCGUGUACAUUCUGAAGCAGUUUGGGCCCUGUUGGCUACUGAAACAUUUAGUCAUAUUAUAUCUGGAGGUCGUGACAGGCUAGUAAUUAUAACAGAGUUAAGAAACCCUGACAACUUCAUGAUUGUCUGUGAAGAAUCAGCACCAGUACUCAAAUUAUGUUUUACAGCAGAUCAACAGGGUGUUUGGGUUUCUACAUCAGAUUCAGACAUAAGGUGUUGGAAACUUCCUCCAGUUAACACAUUAAAUUCAGAAAUGUAUAACCAAAACAAUUACAAUACAAAUAAUGUAUAUCAAACACAACCCUUGCAUCACAUACCAGGCGGACGUGCCAUAAAAUACUAUACAGUACUAAAUGAUAAGAGACACAUUUUGACUAAGGACACAUCAAACAAUGUUGUAUUGUAUGAUGUCCUUAAAGCUUCUAAAAUUGAGGAUUUAGGUGAAAUUGACUAUGAGGAAGAAGUCAAGAAACAUUUUAAGAUGGUAUAUGUUCCAAAUUGGUUUAAUGUUGAUUUGAAAACUGGAAUGCUUACAAUACACUUAGGACAAGAUGAGACUGAUUGUUUUAGUGCUUGGGUGAGUGCAAAAGAAGCUGGGUUGACCACAGAGAAUGAUCAAAAGGUUAAUUUUGGGGCUUUACUGUUACAAGCAUUGUUGGAGUAUUGGAAUCAUCCAAAUAGAGUAAAUGAGGGUGGUCAAAAAGUAUUUGGCAAUAAUUUCUUUUCAGUACCACUACAUACACCACUUAUUUUUAGCGAGGUUGGUGGAAGAACAUUAUAUAGGCUUCAGGUUGGUGAUGCAGGUGGCGAAACAGAAGGCAACAUAUUGUUAGAGACAGUGCCCUCGUGGGUUGUAGAUGUAGCAAUAGAGAUGGCUGCACCCAAACUAAACAAACUACCAUUUUACUUGCUACCACAUUCCAGUUGUCAAAGCAAACAGGAUAGACAGAAAAAGGAUCGUCUUGUAGCCAAUGACUUCAUCCAAUGCCGUAAAGUUGCCGAACAUGUUGUGGAAAAAAUUAUUGGUGGUGGAGACGUGAACGGGUCUGGUACAGCCAAGACUGAGGAGAACUCUGACGCACCUGAAGAAAAAGUCGAACUGCUUUGCUGUGAUCAGGUUUUGGAUCCCAACAUGGACCUACGUACAGUGCGUCAUUUUAUAUGGAAAUCUAACGUAGAGUUCACACUACACUACCGAAUCAUAAAACAAUGAAAUUCAAUACCACUUUAUACAGGAUUUAGGUUUUGUUGCUCGACACACAGCAUAGUUAAUUUUUCACAUACAAAUUAUGCCAAAUAAAUUAUUUUUAGUACUUGAAUCUAACAUAAUAUGUUUAGUUGAUGAAGGAUAAAGUUCUAUCAUAAAAAGUCUAAAAUCAUUUAUCGAUGGCUAUUUAUAGUCCAUGCUGACAAUAUUCAUAACCAACUUUAUUUUUUUAAAUCUGGUCAAUCUAAAGGUUUGAAAUGGCAUAAAGUACUAAAUUUCAAAUUUGUUAGCAAUAGUGAAAUCAGUGCUAAAUGAUAUUGAUCUUCACUGAGUGUGUUUACAAUAACUAAAUUCAAUCAGAACUGAGCUGUGAAAUCAAUUUACUUAAUAACAGUAAUCAAACAAAGUCAGGUUGUCUAUCUAGGUCUUUUGAACUGUACUAUCAGUUGCUAGACUGCUUUAAACUGGUAUGUUAUAGAAUUGUAUACCAAAACUUACCUAGAUGUGUAUUAAUUCAUUAGUAAAGGUAAAAAUUCUUGCCUCACCCUUUGUGCGUAAUCUGAUGUAGAAAGAAAAUUGUCUGCUUGGAAAUGUUUUCUAAGGAAAAUUACCACAAAAGUAUUGGUUUGUAGUUUGAAAGGUCUUUCAAAUAUUUUGUUUUGGCGCAAUUUACAUUUAUCCAAUUUGGUAUUUAAAUAUAAUUUAUUUGUCAAAAAUGUGAUUUAAAUUGUUUAGAAAUUAAUAAAAGAGUAGUUGUUUAUUCUUUAAGAAUAAUGAGAAAUGUUUUUUGUUAUGUGGCCUAUUGACAAUUUUCUGUACUGUACUUGUUAUUUGUAUCGUAAAAGAAUAUUAUAAUCACCUUAUACUAUAUCUAUAGUUUGGGGAGGAAAGAUGGAUUGUCCGCCAAUCUAAAGGCCAUCAACUUAUCAAACUGGCCCGAAAGGCUUUGGUGGAUAAUAUCUGUAUAUUAAAAGUAAUUUUGAAUUUCUGGUGAUUUAUGCUACAGAAAUAUAAUUUCCUUUUUUGAGUAGUAUUUGUCUUUGAACUGCAUCUUGAAAAUUGCUCGAGAAUUUUUGUUUAUGAUUUUGUGUUUAUUGAAACAAUUUUUUAAAUGUCUUUUUCAGUGAAUAUUCUUUUUGAAUGUGUAUAAAAGAGUUACUAAAUGUUCAUUGUCCAUACUUAACAAUAUGCAGUUAAAUUAUUAUAAAUAGUAUUGAUUAUGUUUGAUAUUAUAUUCAAAUAAACUGAUUGUGUAAAUAAAUCUUAAAUU